UCUAUGACUAUGGCAGCAAUGGCGGCCCCCAUGUCGUGGAGGAGGCUGGUGUACUCUGUGUACUCGCCGGCCUUGGCCGGGGUUAUCACGCGAAUUUCCGACCGGCUCCUUCGCGCACGGGACCGGCGAGGCGGCGGAUGCUAAUGUGUCAACAGGGUGAGCGUGACGUUUAAAGGCAGCUCUGAAUUUUAACGUCCUUCGAAGUGAGAAAAGCUCGUCUGUGCUGCUUUUGGCACCCCUGCUAGCCAAAGCUGUGCCUUCACCAGAUAAUGUCACCGAUGCGCCAAACGCACCGCGCAGUCUCCACGCCCACUUCAGAUGGAUGGCGGAACACGUGCCGGCUUUUCGUGUCAACGGCGCACAAAUUCACGUGAUCGCCUCACCUGACCAGUUCUACCAGACGCUGAAGGCACGUGUCAGGACCGCAAAGAGACGAGUGGUGUUGGCGUCCUUGUACCUGGGAACGGGUCAGCUGGAACAAGACCUGGUGGAUUGCUUGCAGGAAGCUCUGGAAAGCUCAGAAAAAAACAACCAUGUGGCUGAUCUUAAAGUCUCAGUGUUACUGGACUACACGCGAGGCUCUCGAGGGCAAGUGAACUCAAGGACCAUGCUGCUUCCUCUAUUGCAGCGCUUCACCUCACAAAUGCGCGUGUCGCUGUACCACACGCCCGACCUGAGAGGCCUGCUGAGGCUGCUCGUGCCGCAACGCUUCAAUGAGACCAUCGGCGUGCAGCACAUCAAAGUCUACUUAUUUGACGACAGCUUCAUUAUCAGCGGGGCAAAUCUGAGCGACUCCUACUUCACCAAUCGGCAGGAUCGCUACGUACUGCUGGAAGACUGCGCCGAGCUGGCAGACUUCUUUUCUGAGCUGGUGGAGGCGGUCGGGGACGUCUCGCUACAGCUCGGACCUGAUGACUCUGUGGCCAUGCGGGACGGUAUGGUGCAUCCGUACAAAGGUGACAGGCAGGACUUUUCAACGGCGGCGAGCAAGCGCAUCAUGGAGGUGGUAAACAUGGCCCGCGUGCGCCAGCAGCUGCUCCUCAGCCAGCGCCAGCACUCUGAGAAGGAGCAGGACACCUGGGUGUUCCCUCUAGUCCAGAUGAAGCCCCUUGGCAUCCAGGUGGACGAACAAGUCACGCAGCGGCUCUUACAUGACGCAGGCCCAGACUCCACAGUCUACCUGACGUCAGGCUACUUCAACCUGACACGGGCGUACAUGCGUCUCGUGCUGGGAGCGGGGGCCGACUACCGCAUCCUCACCGCUUCGCCGGAAGUCAACGGCUUCUUCGGAGCUAAGGGCGUUGCCGGCGCCAUCCCCGACGCCUACACGCACAUCGCCAGGCAAUUCUACGAGCGCGUGAGGCAGCUGGGCCAGCAGGGCCGCAUCAGACUGCAAGAAUAUCACAGGCCGCAGUGGACCUUCCAUGCCAAAGGUCUGUGGUACUACCUCUACGGGCAUGAUCGGCCUUGCCUCACACUAAUUGGUUCCCCCAAUUUCGGCUACCGAUCGGUCCACCGGGACCUGGAGGCCCAGAUCGCCAUCGUCACAGAAAACGAGCAGUUGCAGGACCAAUUACGGGAGGAGCAGGAAAUGUUGUACCAACGUUCCUCGGAGGUUUCUGGAUCGACUUUUGAGCAACCGGACCGCUACGUUAAGCUCUGGGUCAAACUGGUCACGCCAUUCAUCAAGAACUUCUUCUAAGGCGGUGAGGAUGGAGGCAACGUCAUUUCUGCUGAUACUGCACACGUGAAAGAAUACUGGAGCAUCGCUGGCAUGCCACAAAACACUGAACUUGUGUCCAGGAAAUGGAAACACUGACUGUUUUACUUCAGUUACAUUUCAAAUUAAGGUCUUUUUGCUCCACAGAAGUAAGAGAGACUUCAAAAGAGAAUGUUAGCCACAAUGAAGGACAAUGUGGGAGUGUCAUACCAUCUGUUAACAGAUCCAUGUACUGUACAUUGAAAAGCCAAGUGUUUGUGAAAAUUCACACCAAAGAAUGGAGAUUUAGGAAGAACCUGGAUUGGUUGGAAACUUUUAAUGAGACAAAACAAUAAAUAAUGUCAAAUAAAUACAAAGUAACAACUUCCGUCACCUUCAUAUCCACUAAUUGUGCGUUGAAAGCAACCGGGAGGGUGACAAAAUGCAAAAGGAGGUCCAGUUUUUUUGUUUUUUUUUUUCCUUCUUUGUGCCUGAUUCACAUGAAUACUUGCAUUGUUUUUCACGGGAUGUUUCAAUUUCCCACCCGGAGAAGUAACAAACUAAAUUCUCUCAAACAUAGAUAGGUACUUUGAAUAUAUAAAAAAGAGGAAAUGAGUUAGACCUGCAGUUGGGGAAAGGUGCAACAGUGGGUUCAUUGGUGUCAGAGAUGAGUUCCACUUUUUCCAGCAGCAUUCAUCCAUCAGUCAAUCCUGCCUGUGUUAGCUAGGACUACACGUCCUUCAAAGAGGAAACCUUCUUUUUGCGAGUGGCCAACAUCUCGUAGAAGGGGUCUUUACUUAUGGCGGCUCUGCAGGAGACAUGUGAAGGAUGCAUCGUCAGAACACCGGAUGAUAUUUCAAUAAUAAAAGACAUAUCUCUGGUCAAUUGGCAAGGAAAGUCAAUAGGGCUGCCAUAAAGGAUUUAGAAAGUCAAUUACAAAUUAUUUUUGUAAUUAGUCAUCUGUUUAGCUUUACAUUUAAACUGGAAAUGUGCAUAAAAAAAAACAAAAAAAAACACUUAGGUAAUUUGGUUACUAAAAUUAUUGUUUUUCAAGGCGGCAUCAGGACUUUACAACUAUCUAAUUUUGUUUAAUUGUAUAACAUCCAACACUUUCACCAUUUCUGUUGCAUGAAUUUUUAAAUUGAUUUAUAUACCAAUUCAUUGUUGCCGAUUUCAAAUGUGCCAUCAGUUUUAUUCUGUAUGCUUUAAUGGGGUCGAUAUUUUGUAAUAAUUAGUGUUUAUACAGAUUCUUCAAAUAUUUUGACUGAAUACCUGUUUAACUUCUCAGUCCUUUACAUAGUUUAAUGCAUUUUUCUUAAUCAUUGUCUACAUUAGCUUGUAAUGGUUGACUAUUUUCACAUAUUGAAAUACUUUGGCAGCAGUGGAAUACAGCACGUCACACAUUUCCCCUUUUCUUCUGUCUACGGAUGUCUAAAGUAGGCCUGAACGAUAUUGGAAAAAACUAUUGUCGCGAUUUUUUUUAGGUUUGCAAUAUAUUGCGAUAUUAUAUUGCGAUAUUAAAAAAAAAAAGAUCUAUCUUUUUUAAAGAAAUUUUCACUAAAUGACUUGAAUAGCUGUUUGGAAAUACUUUACAUAACACACCGUGACCACAGUGUAUUCAUAUAAUACCGUCUAAUUUGUUAAUGAUG